UUUUAAACGAAAGUUGCCAGACUGUGCAUUGUAGUCGAUAGAACCAGUUCGAUAUACUGGUUCCUAACGGAACCGCCCACCUCUAGUCCUUUUCACUUUAGCGAGGCGAAAUUGUCACAUUUACAUUUGACAAAAUUCGUCGCCAACACGCCCGCAGACAGCAACAACAUCAGAAGUAGCUGCACAGCAACAACAGCAAACAGCCAAGAUGCCCAAGAAUAAAGGAAAAGGAGGCAAGAAUCGUCGUCGUGGUAAGAACGAGAACGAGUUCGAAAAGCGUGAGCUGAUCUUCAAGGAGGACCAGCAGGAGUACGCGCAGGUGACCAAGAUGCUGGGCAACGGUCGUCUGGAGGCAAUGUGCUUUGAUGGCGUCAAACGCCUGUGUCACAUUCGGGGGAAACUUCGCAAGAAGGUGUGGAUUAACCAGGGCGACAUCAUAUUGGUGGGAUUGCGUGACUACCAGGACUCGAAGGCUGAUGUGAUCCUCAAGUACACCCCGGACGAGGCCAGGAACCUGAAGACGUACGGCGAGUUCCCCGAGUCGGUGCGCAUCAACGAGACAGUCACGUUCGUGGAGGAUGGCUUCGACGAGGACAUCGAGUUCGGCGAUGAGAUCAGCUCGGAGGACGAUGCCGACUCCGUGGACAACAUCUGAUUAACAAGAAACAAAGUGGCGCCGGGUGGGACGACGACGGUGGGAGCGUCUGGAACGUCUGGCACGUCCUUCUCGGCAGCACCAGCAGAAGCAGAGUCAGUUCGAGAAUAGUAGGGAAUUUAACCAAUUGUAAAAAGCAGAAAGCCGGUAGCCCCGAGCCCUGUUCGAAGUCAAACCUCCAUUCAAUCCAAUCCAUGAAUCCAACAUCCACAAAGCGGCGCAGCGGCAGUUAAAUUGCGAAACCCAACCAAUAGUAUCAGUUCAUUUUUAUCCAUUUCAAUGUUCAAUAUCCUAUAAAAUUGAUUUAUUCCGGAAAUCCAAGUGGGUUCCAAAAUUAAAACGGUUUGAUUUACGGCCGCCUUAAACAACAAAUUAUAAAAUACAAAUAGUAGAACUGUUACACUGUGCAAGAAAUGGAACUUUGCGAAACAUAAACUAAUAAUAUUUGAAUUAAAAACGAAAAAACAAAGAAAAACAAA